AAAAAAGCCCCAAUUGUGUGUGUCCCCACUCUACCCACCAACUUCUUGUUAUCCGCUUAUAUCUUAUCGCUUUAUCAACAGGCUGCGAGGCAAACCCCACCUUUAGCGCGAAGGAAGGUUGUUCUUGAGUUGAGUUUAUGGUUCCGGCCGUACAUUUUCUCCUUUUUCCGACCUGUCCGGCGAAAAAAGUCUAGGUGCAGCCCGCAUUUACAUCUGAAGCUCUUGCCAGGCCCGCCAUAAGGUAGCAGACUUACAAGAUACAUAUCUCGAGCUUUGCGGAAAAGCACACCGCAACACAGCAAUAACCCCUGAUAGAAUCACUUAUAACUAUUCUCUCUACAGUGUUGAAGAUGUCGUCUUUUAGUCCCACCCAAAUCUUUGAAGAGGGUACAACUGAGGAGAAGGGAGAGAAUGCUCGUCUAGCCGCCUUCGUCGGCGCCAUUGCCGUUGGUGACCUGGUAAAGAGUACCCUGGGUCCAAAGGGAAUGGACAAGAUAUUACAAUCAGCAUCUACGGCCGAAAUCAUGGUCACCAAUGAUGGCGCCACGAUCCUAAAAUCCAUAGCACUCGACAACGCAGCAGCAAAGGUCCUCGUCAACAUAUCAAAAGUCCAAGACGACGAAGUCGGUGAUGGCACGACCUCGGUAGCCGUGUUGGCUGCCGAGCUUCUGCGUGAAGCUGAGAAGCUUGUCGACAAAAAGAUUCACCCCCAGACGAUCAUCGAAGGCUAUCGCAUAGCAAGUCAGGCGGCUCUACAGGCGCUAGAGGGCUCGGCGGUAGACCACAGCAAGAAUCCCGAGGCCUUCAAGAAGGACCUACUCGCUAUUGCAAGAACAACCCUCAGUUCUAAGGUGCUCGCCCAAGAUAGAGAUCUCUUCUCCAAGCUGGCCGUUGAAGCGGUGUUGCGGCUUAAGGGUUCUUCGGACCUCAGCCAUAUCCAGAUCAUCAAAAAGGCCGGAGGCAAGCUAAGCGACUCGUACCUAGACGAAGGGUUCAUCCUUGACAAAAAGAUCGGCGUGAAUCAGCCUAAAAGGCUAGAGAAUGCGAAGAUACUGGUCGCCAAUACGUCUAUGGACACAGACAAGGUCAAAAUAUUCGGCGCGCGUAUGAAGGUCAGUUCAACCGGCAAGCUGGCCGAGCUCGAGAAAGCCGAAAAAGACAAGAUGAAAGCGAAGGUAGACAGGAUCAAGGCACACGGUAUCAACUGUUUCAUCAAUAGACAGUUGAUAUACAACUGGCCAGAGCAGCUCUUUACCGACGCUGGUAUUAUGUCCAUCGAGCACGCUGACUUCGACGGCAUCGAACGCUUAGCUCUAGUUACCGGUGGUGAGAUCACAUCGACAUUCGACCACCCGGAGCAGGUGAAACUAGGGCACUGCGACCUAAUCGAAGAGAUCAUUAUCGGAGAAGACACUCUUAUAAAGUUUUCUGGUGUGGCCGCAGGUCAAGCUUGCACCAUCGUCCUUCGGGGUGCUACGGAACAGUUGCUAGAUGAGGCAGAGCGUUCACUACACGAUGCUUUGGCCGUCCUCUCUCAAACUGUCAGGGAGCCGAGGACCACGCUGGGCGGUGGGUGCGCCGAGAUGCUUAUGGCUAAGGCGGUGGAAGGCGCCGCGACCCGGGUUGAGGGUAAAAAGCAAAUGGCUGUAUCUUCGUUCGCCAUAGCUUUACGGCAGCUCCCCACGAUCCUUGCCGACAACGCAGGACUAGACUCUAGUGACCUUGUCGCAAGAUUACGAAAAGCCAUAUAUGACGGUAUGUCAACGUAUGGCCUAGAUCUAACGACGCCCGGCGGUGGAAUAGCAGAUAUGCGAGAUCUUGGAGUGAUCGAGAGUUACAAGUUGAAGAAAGCAGUUGUAUCAUCGGCAAGUGAAGCCGCAGAGCUACUUCUAAGAGUGGAUGAUAUAAUUCGCGCGGCGCCACGGAGAAGGGAAAGGCAUUAAAUGGAUGGCACGCGCGUAUAAGGAUGUAAAAGUAUCAUAGGCCAUGCUAUAGACUAUGCAAAUACCCAUCAUAAUGAGAUACAGCAUAGUGCUCCGGACCAAUGAUUUAAUAAUUAAAAACCAAGACUUCAUUACGUAUAGGAACCACGAAGUUCUAGAUGUAGAUGUUGUAGCUAUCGUCGAAAUAAGUUCCAAGAGA